AUGGCGACGCCCGUACCUCUUCUGGCACGCGCUCCACGUCCGGCCCCGACGCCAUUCGCCCACGAGCGGAUGCUGGAUGCGCGUCCUCGCUCGCCCUGCGAGACGUGCACGCCUCUAGUCGUCGAGAGCUGGAUCCCGAUCGACAUCACCACCACCUCUUGCUCCACGACGACCGGCGCCGGCGACGCGUGGUCGACCCCCUCGCCGUCCCCCUGGACCGCUAUGCAGCCUGCUGGCACCGCUACCGCGACGGCGACGACGACAUGCACCGUGCUGCAGACCGCCACGCGCACCGUCGAGGCGGCCGCCAGCGCCACCUGCUGCGUGCGCACGGCACGCUGGCCUGAGGACCUCACGACCCCCGUCCGCCGCGCCUUGGUCAACGCCUCGUUCGACGACUUGACCGUGGACUCGCGGACGAGGCAGAAGAGGGGCGUCGAUCCCGAGGUCGACGUCGACAUCGGCGUCGCCAUCGAUCGACUGAGGUUUGGCCUGCAAGACCGCAUGUACCACGACGCCGACCUGCUGCUGCGAAGGUGGCACGACGACCCGGUCUCGGGCCCGGCGACUGUCACGGUCACGACGACGCAGCUCGUCACGCGCACCUCGACCAGCUGGGUCGCGACGACGCCGACGACGAUGCCGACCACGAACUGGACCUCGACUUGGAACCCGCUCCCGUCGCCUGAGGGAUCCUGUGCGUCUCAACACUGGUGCAGUCCCGACGCCAAGGAUCGCGAGAGCAGGCUCGACCAGCUUUGCGGGUGCAUCGUCGCCUGGAUCGCAGUCGUCUAUGGCGCCUCGCCCAGACGCGCCGCCGACCUCGCCCCCUCCGUCGUCUUCCUCUUCGCCUUUGUCGUCUUUUUCGUCGUCGGGCUGCUGCGCCUCUUUGCCUGCCGCAAGAACCUCGCCGUCCUGAUCAACCUGAUCCCCGCCGUCGUCUUUGCCGGCGGCAUGCUGGGUUACUUUGGCACGCGCGCGUGGACUUCCAACAACAUCGCCAAUACGGGCCACAUUGUGGCGUCGCACGCCAUCCUCAUGUGCCUGCCCCUCUUCCUGGUCGAGGCGAUGCUGCAGCUCUUUGGUCUGCUGGCCAAGCGCGCCGAGCAGAGCACCUGGAUCCUCCACUCGAGCUACGCCUUGCGCCUGUGCAACCUCGUCGUCUUCUUCCUCUACGUCACCGCAGCCUGUAUGCUGCAGACCUUCCUGGAUACCUGGACCGAACGAGGCGACAACUGCGACUCGACGUCGUCCCAGAACCUCUCGCUGUUGCCCCUCGUCGCCGACUGGCUCGCAAUCUGCUGCCUCGUGACCGUCGGAAUCCUCAUCGUCGUCGUCCGCCUUCGCCACGCGCUCGCCGCACGCAUCCUGGUGCACGUCGUGCUCGUUGCCGUGCUCCUCUCGGUCCACUUUGUCUGGCGCAUCCUUCGAGACUGGGCUGCUCAAGACGUGUGGGACGCCGGUUGGGAAAAGUGGCAGCACCCCGUCGCAGCCACCGCCAACGCACAUGUCGGGGAUCACGGCGCUCUGGUCGUCGCCGUCGGAGGCAGCGGCAGCGCCUCGUGCUGGGGCGUUCGAUCCGACGGCCAGCCCGACUGGACCACGCUGUCGAGUGUGCGGACCGGGGUCGAGAGGCCCGCUCCGUUCUACCUCCUCGGCAUCCUCCCUCUGCUGCUUGCGCUCGCGCUGCUGUACAUGGUCAACCUGCCCGUCUACCACACGGCGACGGCGACGCCGCUGCCGCCGCAGCCGGAUCCGACGGCGCGCUACAAGGUGUCGUUCAACGCGCAGACGAAGCGGAUCGAGAUGGUCAGGGUCGAUGAUACGGCCACGGGCAAGGAUAAGGACAAGGGCAAGGGCAAGGGCAAGAGCACGGGCACGGGUGACAAGGCCAAGGACGCCCCCGCCGCCACGGCCGACGAGGAGGGAAGGCCCUACUACCGCCUCGUGCGCAGCAGCACGGGCAGGUGGAAGUUCAAAGAGGCCGGCCCUGCCGAUCCGAAUGGAUGGAGGGGAAAGGUCCGUGGUUUCCUCUUUGGAUGGCAGUAG